AUGUCUAUUCACAACAGUACAACCAACUCCACAAUACCAAUCCCAAACGCAAAGGACGCUAAAGACGAUCUCAACCUUUCCCUAGAACUAGUUAUGGUACUGGGCAUCGUUCUCAUUGGAGAUAUUGCCAUGAUAUUUGUAGUACACAAGACUGAGGGCUAUAAAGAACGGAAGAGAAAGGGAAAGCUGCCUGAGAAGAUGAAUGAUGCCGGUGACGUGGAAGCAUAG